AUGGGUAGAAGCGGUGUUGGAAAGAAUCGCCGCGGGGAACGAAGCGAAGAGCAGCGCGGGGAGCAAAGCGAUGGGCAGCGCGGGGAGCAAAGUGAUGGGCAGCGCGGGGAGCAAAGCGAUGAGCAGCGCGGGGAGCAAAGCGAUGAGCAGCGCGGGGAGCAAAGCGAUGGGCAGCGCCGGGAGCAAAGCGAUGGGCAGCGUGGGGAGCAAAGCGAUGAGCAGCGCGGGGAGCAAAGCGAUGAGCAGCGCGGGGAGCAAAGCGAUGGGCAGCGCGGGGAGCAAAGCGAUGGGCAGCGCGGGGAGCAAAGCGAUGAGCAGCGCGGGGAGCAAAGCGAUGAGCAGCGCGGGGAGCAAAGCGAUGAGCAGCGCGGGGAGCAAAGCGAUGGGCAGCGCGGGGAGCAAAGCGAUGGGCAGCGCGGGGAGCAAAGCGAUGAGCAGCGCGGGGAGCAAAGCGAUGAGCAGCGCGGGGAGCAAAGCGAUGAGCAACACGAGGAGCAUAAAAGGGCAACAUCGCGGCAGCGCGGGGAACGAAGCGAAGAGCAGCGCGGGGAGCAAAGCGAUGGGCAGCGCGGGGAGCAAAGUGAUGGGCAGCGCGGGGAGCAAAGCGAUGAGCAGCGCGGGGAGCAAAGCGAUGAGCAGCGCGGGGAGCAAAGCGAUGGGCAGCGCCGGGAGCAAAGCGAUGGGCAGCGUGGGGAGCAAAGCGAUGAGCAGCGCGGGGAGCAAAGCGAUGAGCAGCGCGGGGAGCAAAGCGAUGGGCAGCGCGGGGAGCAAAGCGAUGGGCAGCGCGGGGAGCAAAGCGAUGAGCAGCGCGGGGAGCAAAGCGAUGAGCAGCGCGGGGAGCAAAGCGAUGAGCAGCGCGGGGAGCAAAGCGAUGGGCAGCGCGGGGAGCAAAGCGAUGGGCAGCGCGGGGAGCAAAGCGAUGAGCAGCGCGGGGAGCAAAGCGAUGAGCAGCGCGGGGAGCAAAGCGAUGAGCAACACGAGGAGCAUAGUUUGACGGGGAUAUUACACCUUUAG